GUAGAAACAGGAAGUACUUGAAAAGCUACAGCAAAACAAAAACAAAUUGAGGCGACAUUCUCCCCAAAUCACUGUGACUUAAAAAUGCAUAGUCAAAUUACAGAAUCAAUGAGUAACGACUCACGCUGCGUAUUUUUUAAUACACUUUCAGAAGACUAUCGAUGCGUGGUGAUUUUAACAGUAAAACGAGCCACAGGAACGUUCUCCUUAGCGGGAUGUCUUUUCAUGCUGUUUGUGAUCUGGCUGCUCCGCAGAUAUCACUCUCUGGCUCAGAAGAUGAUUCUCAGCCUGACUGUGGCCGCCUUUUUCGACAGCGUAGCAUAUGUCAUGGCCGAGUCCCAUCCAGAGGGAUCUCUCUGUGACUUCCAGGCCUGGUGGCUAACUUACUUUGACUGGAGUGCCUUGGCCUGGGUUUGCCUCAUCACUUUGAACCUGUACUUCAACCUGGUCCGAGAAAUAAGCACCAACAGAUAUGAGAUGUUGUACCACCUGAUGGCGUGGGGGGUUCCUCUGGUCAUGGCCUCUUUACCGCUGCUAAAGGGUUACUAUGGCCCAGCAGGAGCCUGGUGCUGGAUCACAGACGAUCACGUAGCCUGGAGAUUUGGGAUAUGGUACGUGCCUCUGUUCAGCCUCAUCUUCCUGAUGAUCUGCUGCUACGCCAGGAUUAUCUGUGUGGCCAAUGAGAGGAUGCAGUCAUGGUUGGGAACCUUCAACCCAGAGAGGGAGAGACGAAAGGUUUCCUUGGCUGAGGAGAUCAAGCCGUUGAAGUGGUAUCCCUCCGUUUACCUGCUGGUGUCUGUCUUUCCCCUAAUCAACAGGCUCCAUAAUGCCUUCUACCCAGAGGAUCCAUCCUUUUCCCUCACCUUGUUGCAUGUCCUGUCAGCACCACUCCACGGCUUGGCCAAUGCCUUUGUCUUUGGCCUUGAUAGAGAUUGGUGGAGCCUACUGAGCCCUACUGGCAUGCAGCUGGCUCUGCAGUCACGGUUGUGUGACAGGACACGGAUCGGAGAGUACCACCCCGGGGCAGUGCGCUACACACAAGCCGACCUGGUCGACCUCAGCGAUGACGACGACGAUGACACCAACGUGCUCUUCUACUCUCCUGACAUGACCCUGAAAGACCGAGGGCCCUGAGAGAGAGCUUGACAGAGGGGGAGAGAGAGGGAGACAAAAGAGCUGGAGGGAAGAAACACGAAGGAGGGUCACAGCCAGAGAGAAAUGCAGCGGAUUAGAAACUGAGAGGGAGAAAAAAGAGGUAGGGAGGGAAUGGAAGGGAAGAUUGGGGGGACAGUCAGGCAGAUAGAAGCCGGAGAUGAGCUGUCAGGUUCCAUUAUUAAUCCCCAUCCUUUACUAUUUAAUAUCCUAAAGACACACACACACACACACACACACACACAGUACAAAGCAGCAGCUCCCUGCAAUACUAUCAUCAGAGAGGAGCAAGAAAGGAGUCGCUCUAAAGAUCCUCCUAAUGUUAAAGGCAUCUGCUGCAUCCCAAAGGUCUUAAAACGAUUUCCCUCUCUGCCCCACCUUCUUGACUCUUGCAUUCUGCAGCAUUCUGUCAUACCACAAAAAAAGAAAGAAAAUAAACGCAAAGGACUGCUGAAAAGCAAUCAUAACAAGGUGUUCAUUUAGCAUUUUGCAGGAAUUACCUUUUCACUCCUCUGCAGGAGAAGAGGUGAGAACAGGCCUCUUAAACAGCAGCCUGUGUGUAACAGCAUCUACAACUGCACUGAGCUUCGUCUCAGUGCUGAACAAUUUUCCUGCUGAUAGGUGGGAGGAGGGGUACAGUGGAAAUACAGAAAGAGGUUUUAAAAACAGUAAAGAGGACUUGGUAGGACAAAUCAGUCUCAAAGCACCGGUGUUGCUUGCAAAGAGUCUUCCUUCCGCAGACAGUGUUAGGUUUCUGUUAUUCUCUUUGUGUAUGGCAUUACUGAUGAUGUAACUUUCGCAGCAGUAUUCCUUUGAAAGGUUGUUUUUUAUUUUUUAUGAAAUGCUAAACUUGUUUCUUAUACCGUAUUUAUAACAGAUCAAUGUACUGUAUAUAUUUAUGUGUACACUCUAUUUUUGUACGUGCCUUGGACUGGAAUGUGAAGAAAAUGCUUUCUUUUGGUCCGAACCCGCUGCUGUCACCCGACAGUCGAGCAGUGCCGGAGUUCAGUAUAUAGCCUUACGAACAACUGCAAAAACAUGUUAUUAGCCGAACAAACAGCCACACAUACACACAGACACGUAGACACACAUGCUUCUCUCUAUGGUGCCUGUCAAAACAGGUCGGAAAAGAUGACACACAGCGUAGCAACAGCCUUUGAUGCUUCAUCAUCUCAUGGCCUGUGUCAGUGGUGCUUAGGGGACAUAGCGGAGGUAUGAUUGGCAGGAUAAUAGAGUCACUUUAUAUUCAACCUAGGCCCAUUUGGUUUUUCCCAUAUGCAGGUGGUUUCAUCACUGUCGGUGCGCACUGCCGGCUGUCAGCUGCUCCUCUGACAAGUUGAACUAAUGAACCGACACUUGACCCUUUUUCCCUUGAGUUGUUGAACUUUUUUGCUGGGCGUCAAUGACACCGGAGUGCAACUUUAGUUUGCAGUUCACAGAGGCCCACCACUGAAUCACACACGCACACACACACACUUGCACUAUGCCCCUACCCCUCUUUUUGCACUGUUGCUCGUUUUACUUGACUGUGCACUCCAUCAAAUAAAUGAGCAGGAGAGACAU